UAACAGCCUCCACUCUUCUAGGAAGGCUUUCCACUAGAUGUAGGAACAUUGCUGCUAUAACAGCCUCCACUCUUCUAGGAAGGCUUUCCACUAGAUGUUGGAACAUUUAGCUGCAGGGACUUGCUUCCAUUCAGUCACGACAGCAUUAGUGAGGUCAGGAACUGAUUUUGGGCGAUUAGGCCUGGCUCGCAGUCGGCGUUCCAAUUCAUCCCAAAGGUGUUCAAUGGGGUUGGGGUCAAGGCUCUGUGCAGGCCAGUCAAGUUCUUCCACACCGAUCUCGACAAACCAUUUCUGUAUGGACCUCGCUUUGUGCAUAAGGGGCAUUGUCAUGCUGAAACAGGAAAAAGCAUUUCACAAAGUUGGAAGCACAGAAUUGGCUAGAAUGUCAUUGUACGCUUUAGCGUUAAGAUUCAACUUCACUAGACCUAAGGGCCUAGCCCGAACCAUGAAAACAGCCCAGACUAUUGUUCCUCCACCAUUAAACUUGGUGGAGGAACUGCCACUACAGUUGGCACUAUGCAUUGUGGCAGGUAGUAUUCUCCUGGCAAACCUAGAUUUGUCGUCGGGCUGCCAGAUGGUGAAGCAUCACUCUAGAGAACAUGUUUCUACUGCUCCAGAGUCCAAUUGCUGCGAGUUUUACACCACUCCAGCCGACGCUUGGCAUUGGCAAUCCCGUUCUGUGAGCUUGUGUAGCCUACCACUUAGCGGCUGACUCGUUGUUGCUCCUGGGCGUUUCCACUUCACAAUAACAGCACUUAUAGUUGAGCGAGGCAGCUCUAGCAGAGCAGAAAGUUGACGUACUGACUUGUUGGAAAGGUGGCGUCUCAUGACGGUGCCAUGUUGAAAGUCACAGAGUUCUUCGGUAAGGCCAAUCUACUGCCAACGUUUGUCUAUGGAGAUCGCAUGGCUUUGUGCUCAAUGUUCUACACCUGUCAGCAACAGGUGUGGCUGAAAUAGCCGAAUCCACUCAUUUGAAGGGGAGUCCACAUACUUUUGUGUGUCUAUAGUGCACCUUCUCCUCCAUAUCUUCCCCUCCAUCUCUCCCUCUCUCUCUCUCUCUCUCUCUGUUUUCUUCCAUACGAAAGUAAUUUCUCGUUAGAUGAUGCCAUUCUAACUCUAAAUUCAUCUCUCAUCCUAUAUAUGUCUCUUAUUUUCUCGGCACGCUGCAUUACCCCAAUGCACCUAAUUUAAAGUAGGUACCAUCUGUUUUCCACUUCCAUGCCUCCACACAUGCAUAUAGCACAUUCUGCGCUGAAUGCGUACAACUGAGUUUGAGGCAUCAACUUACACGCGCAUCUCUGCUAUAGAAACAGGACCGCAUCGAAGAGCUGAAGCGCUUCAUCGAGAAGCACCGCUACCACAUCCGGAUGCUGGAGACCAUCCUGCGCAUGCUGGACAACGACACCUUGCCGGUGGACUCCAUCCGCAAGAUCAAGGACGACGUGGAGUACUACAUGGACUCGUCGCAGGACCCCGACUUCGAGGAGAACGAGUUCCUCUACGACGACCUGGAUCUGGAGGAGCUCCCUACCUCUCCCUCUGUCUCCCCCCAUCCAUCUCUUGUGUCUCUAGCCGGGUCGCUGGUGGCCACGUCCCCGCCGGGCCAAUCGCUCCUGGACGACGAUCUCUUCCAUCAGAUCUCCAGCGGCACGCCUACCUCCACCACUUCCUCCUCGCCCAUUCCCGCCACGUACACUACGGAGAACUCUGAAGAUGACAAGAAAAGGGGACGUUCGACAGACAGUGAAAUCAGUCAGUCACCUGUCAAGAAUGGCAACCCCUCUUCAUCGCUGUCUUCAUCGUCCUCAUCCUCCUCGUCCUCCUCUUCAUCUGCCUCUGGCGCCUCCUCGGGAGCAGCCUCUUCCUCGCUGGUCUCUAUGGUGACCAUCGCCGGAGGCGGCCAGGCCAACGCUGGGGGCAACAACAACAGCCUUCUGGGCAACAUGGGGGGUCUCCUCUCCAACUCUGGCAGCUACAGCGACGCUACCCAGCAGCAACUUCAGCAGCAUCACCAAACGCAGCAGGCCAGAAACUCAAUCCUCUCCUCCAACGCCUCCUCCAGCCCGUCGAACAACAUCCUUCUCCCCAGCCCCUCCGCCUCCUCGCCCGCCAUCUCUUGCACAGCCCUCACACCCAACACACAGCCGCAGGCUCCGUCAAGGCCCUCUCCGGGCUCCACCUUGGGGCUCGGGUUGGGCUUGGGCCUUGGUAAAGGCGGCAUGAGUGGGUCACCGGCUGUCAGCCAGAUGUCGGGCCUUGGCCUGUCAGGGAUGCCGGCGUCCUUAAACACCAUGGCCGGACUCCUGGCGGGCUCCACUUCGGCCCCCUACGCCAUGGCAGCAGCAGGCUCCGGGACCAUAGGAAGCCCCCUUGCAGGGAAAAUCAGCAGCCUGAGCACUAGCAGCAAUAACUCCAGCGCAGUGGGACCGGUGAGCGGACUCAGUGACAGGUCCACGGGCCUUUUGGGCUCUGUGCCCGGUGCAGUUGGUGUCAGUGGUGGGAUCCUUGGCUCUGGACAGUCGACAGUCCAGGGCCCUCCACUGGUGUCCCCCAGUCCCAUAGGAGGAGGUCUGACCCCUGGAAGCAGCCUAGGAGCUAUAGGAAGCAUUGGAGGGAACUCUGGAUCAGGAGCGCCAAGUAACAGCUUGGGCAUCGGAGGAGGAAACGCGGCGAUCGCAAGGCCACCCAGUGGACAGAAGCAGAAUGGUAGCACUAGUUACAGUGCUGUAGUAGCAGACAGCACACCAGAUUCUGCCCUCAACAUUGCCAGCCAAUUACAAAGCAGCCAACCCUCGUCUUUGAUCUCCACCACCAAUCAGCUUAAAGACAGUGGCCCCAGCCUUUUAGGGUCCAUGACCCUACCCACCAGCACUCCCUCGCCAUCCUACAUUGAGAAUAAACCUUCAGGCAGCAGUAUGCUCAACGGGCCGCUCUCCUACACACAGGCCUCUGAAAGCAUGAAGCCCCAGGAGCCUCUGAGCACUGUGAAGUCCAUGGCCGAACAAGCGGCACUGGGCUCAGCAAUGGAGGGAGAGUUGCCCCCUCUGCACCUCACCACAGACAUUUUCCCCAGCACUACAGCGCCUCCAGGGCCUCCCUCGGCCCCCCAGCAGCCCUCGCUCUCGGAGGUCAGCAUCCCCCCAUCGCUGGGUGUGUGCCCGCUGGGGCCCGUACCCCUGUCCAAAGACCAGCUGUACCAGCAGGCCAUGCAGGAGUCGGCCUGGACGCACAUGCCCCACCCCUCCGACUCAGAGCGGAUUAGGCAGUACCUGAUGAGGAACCCGUGUCCCACCCUGCCUUUCCACCACCAGGUGCCACCCCCCCACUCCGACUCUGUGGAGUUCUACCAGAGACUGUCCACGGAGACACUGUUCUUCAUAUUCUACUACCUAGAGGGCACCAAGGCCCAGUAUCUGGCAGCCAAGGCCUUGAAGAAGCAGUCGUGGCGGUUCCACACCAAGUACAUGAUGUGGUUCCAGAGGCACGAGGAGCCCAAGACCAUCACAGAUGAGUUUGAGCAGGGGACGUACAUUUACUUCGACUACGAGAAGUGGGGACAACGGAAGAAGGAAGGAUUCACGUUUGAGUACAGGUACCUUGAAGACCGAGACCUCCAGUGACAUAAGGCAGAGAAGGUGAAUAAAAGAAGGGUGGACUACUGUCGACAUUCCUGGAUUGAACUCAACACACUGGGAAGAGGGACGGAUGCAGACGCGAGACUGAGCCAGUCUGAGAACAACAAUGCAUUUGGAGCUCCUCCCUCUUUGCCUUGCGACGCCACACCCCUACAGUGAUAAACCCCUCCCUCUUUUCCCAUCAGGCCGUUUUUGAUUUAGAUUGAAGCUUUUAAUCUCUUACCUGAACUGGAUCCCUUUCUUUUUUUUCUUUUUCUUUUUUUUUUUGGCAGAUAAGAAAUCAUGAUUUCAUGUUUGGUUGAUAACGUACUCUGUAUUGUUUUUCUUUCUUCAAAACUCACCUACCACUCAUUGACAACCAAAGAUGAUUGGUCAAAUCCGUCUUAAUUCUCAGCAGUAUGGCAGUCCAAUUUAAUUAAUUAAUAAAUAAAUAAAUAAAAAUGUUUAAAAAAAAAAAGUGACAAGGCACAGAGAAAGGCCAAUCAAAUGAGCCCUUGGGGGAUGUUGGGUCCGGGGUGGUUCCAAAGCGUUUCACAGCAGUCAGGUCAUCGCUGGGUUGUACACAAGCUAAAGACUAGAUGGGGAAACGGUAGCAUUUCCAUGCUACAAUAGGUGACACAAGCACACAAAGUUUGCAAAGGCUAAAAAACAUAAUUCAGCACUUGAAUGAUGACAGACUUUUCCAAAUCUAAUAAGUGCUUAUUGGGGUGACUCCAUGUUUUAUCCCUAAUGAAUACUCUCUUCAGGGUCACCAGCCCCGCCCUAAUACUAAACUAAUAGCUGCCUCUUGGGUACACCCAGCAUUGACCACACUGCCAUAAAGACUGCUGUAGUACAACAUGGUAACCAAUUAAUUAUUGUCCCACGUUACAACAUUACGUUUAUAUUGCUGUGGUCAACGGCAACAGAAACCACACCAGCACUGAAGUGUCUCGUCUGUAGAGAAAGUUUACAGGUGUUUUUCACCCCGGAGGCGGGCUUUUACAAUAAAACGCAAGACUGCCCUAGUAAUAACAAGUCAUUAUUUUUGUUCCCGUCACUUUGAUGAUAAUGUACAAAUCAAUUGUGAUUGCACUUCCAAAUUCACUUCAACCACCAGGUAGAUAUUUCCUUUUCUCAGGAAGUGUUUGAUGGAUCAUUAUGUGAGGAAAUAUACCGCGUCAGAAGCUCCAUCAUAGCAGCACAAAAAAACCCACAGAAAUCAGACUGACACCUCCGGGCAAUUUUGUUUUGUCUGCCCCAAUAAGGCUUUCUAUUCCCAUUUAAUGGCCAUUUGUUUAAUUUCUAUAAGGCUUUUUAAAAAUAGUAUCCUCCAAUGUUUGGAGUGCAAUCUUAAGUUUGUCAUUUGCCUGUGUCAUCUCAGAGAUGGAAAGCGUUUAAAUUCUAAGGAGUUGAGACCCUUUUAUUUUUUUAAAGAAAAUAACUUGUCGGGGUACCAUUCACUGACAAGCCUGUUGUUUUUAAUGUUACCUUUACCUAUUGGGUGAGCGGAAGGGAAGAGAAGUCAUCCAGAGGUGAAAUGUGAAUCUCUCCCCCUCUGAAAGGGUGUUGUAUAGACUGUCACGUUCAUCCUUUCCGUUUUGUCGUUGUCUUCUGGACAGCAUGACACUUGCAAAGUGGAGCUGAGAAAAUUAAGUAAAUAUGAAGCAUAACCAUGAGUAAAGGAUUGUAAAAUAUUAAUAAAAUAAUUAAUUUUCAGAAGUAUUGUUUUUUAAAAUCAUGUUCAUAAACCUUUUGAGCACCUUAA